AUGAGAAAUGCAAAUGAAGGAAAAUCCAGCUUGCGCUACAUGGGUUAUGGAAAUGGCUCCAUGGGAAUAUACCAAGACUCCAUUGAGGUAAUCAUGAAAGGAUUGGACACUUAUUUAGAAAAGAUCUUGAUUGUUUUUACAACAAUUGAUGUAUCCAACAACGUGUUUGAAGGAAAAAUUCCACAAGUUAUUAGAGAGCUUGGUGCAUUAAAGGGACUCAAUUUUUCACAUAAUCAGCUAUCCGAUGCAAUUGCAAGCUCGAUUGGAAAUUUGAGGAAGUUGGAAUCCUUGGACUUAUCAUCAAAUAAGCUCAUAGGAAAAAUUCCUCCACAAUUGGCAAGUCUUGACUUACUUGGGUACUUGAACCUAUCACACAACGAGCUUGAAGGAUGCAUUCCUAUGGUCCCACACUUUGAAACAUUCUCAAAUGAUUCCUUUAAAGGAAACAAGGGCCUGCGUGGAUUUCAACUUGACAUUCCAUGCAUCACUCAUGAGAAAAGUCAACCACCGCUGUCAAGUUCAAGUUCUGAAGCUGAAUUUUUUGAAUUUGGAUGGAAACAUAUUUUGCUAGGGCAUGUAUGUGGAGCCUCAUUUGGAGUAUCAACGUUUUAG